AUGACUAGUGGUAUUGGAGAAUUCGCCCAGUACGACACUACAUCUCUGGUAUCACGGGAGAUACUAAAAGUGUUCACACACGGACUUCUUGAUGACUCUUACUCAUCUACUACCACAUUGCCCUUGUUAAAGCGAAGAAUAACACAACUUGAAGGCAUAAGCACUGAAAUUCAACUGUUAUUCAAGAAACAGCUGGAGGAUAAGUUAUCAAGCAUAUCGACUAUAUGCAAAUGCAACAGUACGACCCAGCACUUUUCAUCGGCGCCUCAGUUAUUUUAUUUGAGUUUCCUGCAGAAACUGAACAAUGCUGCCAAUAGUUUCGCCGAGUACCAGAGUAUACAAGCUUAUAUCUCAAAUGCUGAGCUUGUUAAUCACAUAUCCAAUGGAAGUUCUGCGUAUGGAUUUAAUCUGGCAAUGCAGUACAAACAUAAUGAUGGCGUUUUGGGCCAGAAAAGUAGAGAAAGGAUUACUUUUGAAUUUAAUAAUUUUAUAUGCAAGCAGGACGAGAUAUGUAAGUAUUUAACAGAAUAUCACAACAGCAAGCUGAAUGCUGAAUUGAGUUAUAUAUUUGUGCAGAAGAACGGCAGCUGGGUGGUAACAAACAAUGCCAAGCGACUUAACCAGUUCAUUGCCAGUUGCUUAUUAUCUAGUAUGGAUUAUGCCAUAGCCAAACGAAUUGACAUUGCCAUAAAGCCUUAUCUUUACGACAAAAUUCAAAUCACGACUUUGGAGAAUCCAUUAAAGAAUAUAACCAUUUCAGCCUCGCAAUCGUUGCUAGCUUUGUGUCGAUCACUCACAUUCUUAACUGAUUUGCACUUGCAAAUUAAAAAUCUGGACACUUAUAUAUUGAACUGUGAAAGUUAUGUAUCCAAUCGACUAAUGAAGUGGCUAAACUCACUUAUCAUAUCAUUGACUUGGGAUACAAAAGGAAUGUACGACAUUGUACAUAUGGGUUUAUUGACCUUUUACUUUGUGCAACUUAGAUCAUUCUUGCUACCCGAAUUGGCUUCUACAGUCAAGCACAUUUUGGGCGGCAUUUUAGUAAUAGUUAACAUUGGCGAUGGAGGUAACAGCCACGAAGAAUGGCGUAAUAAACUGCGUGUCGGAAGUGAAUACCAAGUGAAUCCGUACAAGGGCUGGAUUCCUGGAAAGCCUUUCAAGGGCAUUCAUAUACCCCUCACAGCAACUGCACUAGAAUUGUCCAAUAUAGCGAUUUCCCUGAUGCAGUUAUUCGACAGUGUGGAUUAG